GCGGGCCUUUCGCGCGCGCCUGUCUGCGUUAUUUUCUCUUGUAGUGGCGGCCUGGCAGUGUGGUUGCGGCAUGAUUAUAAAGGGCCCCUCCUCCUCGUCCUUGCGGCCGGCUUCGCCCGCUUUUUAUUUUUUUUCUAUUGGUGUGUGUAAUUCACUUGCAGCGAGGCGUAUUUUCCAUUGUAUGUUGUAG